AUGAUGGCUGACCCCUAUGAGAUCGAAUCGUCUCCAGAAAGGAAGGUGACGCCUACCAGGCACCGGGGACGCAACACUCCUGGAUCGUCGAGGAAAUCCGGAACGCCAAGGCAUCCUGCUGUUUCGAAAGGCCCCGGCAAACGCAAAAGUGGGGGCACUGGAGAAUGUGAUGCUGAUUUCGACGUCGAUUUUCUUCCGGAGGAACCAGCCAAGAAGAUUCCGGCAACAACGCCGCUAUUCACCGAUGAUUCUCCAUCAAAGUACGCCCAUCAUCACGUGGGCAGUGCUCGUCGAAAGCGUCGUUCCAGCGACAAAAUGGUUGAUGUGUCUCGAUACGGAGAAGACGAACUAGAGCGCGACCGUUGCGAAAAAGAGAGAGGGAAAAGUGAUGCUGGUGUGAAGGCAGAAGCUGAACUAUCGCAACUGGCUCAGGAUCUAGACGACACCGAAGACUUUGAUCUGAUCGUGGAAGUUGUCAAGCGGGACGACGACGAUAGUGUGGAAAACAAAGAUGAAGCUGGAGACGCUGGCGAUUUUGUGCUGCCCGAGACUUCGGAUGAGCCAGCUAUCGAACGCGAGAAAAAGAAGCCGGAAGGUUUUUAUUCACCCAAGAUGACUCCCACCUCUUCGCGUCGCAAGUAUACAAGGACUCACGAAAGUGUUUACACCCCUUCCGAACCAUUGGACCCACUGGAUCUCAACAAUAUCGGAACCCCACAUGCUACUCCGAAGCGCCGACUGUCGAUGCGCAAA